AUAAUAAUCGAAAUAUUUUUGCAGUUGUACUGUGUUAUAUUUCCUGCGUUUAUAAUAAAAUAGAUAUUUAAUUAGAUAUUAAAAAGAAAAAAAGAGAAAUAGCGCAACGAACAGAUCCAUUUACGUUACCGAGUGUAAUCGAGUGCCGUACUUACCUUCUUCGCAGAUUCUUCGGUCAAUCGAUGUGUCACGUGAAUAGUACAAAGAAUCUCUCAUGUGAUCCUUUCAAUACCUGUAAAUAAUCAUACGAAAUACGGUUCCGUGUUCGUUUGCUAUUUUUCGGAGGAACGUGUUUAGAUAGGAAAAAAAUGGGCGCAUCUGCAAUACCCGUGAUAGCUUUCACGCUUCUCUGGGGCGCCGUGGUAUUUCUAGGAGUAGCUCUACCACUUUUCGUUCCAAAGGGACCAAAUCGUGGAAUACUGCAAGUUCUCCUGGUAUUAACGGGCUUUACGUGCUGGCUAUUCUGGCUAUGUUGCUAUAUGGCACAGAUGAAUCCAUUGAUUGGGCCAAAGUUGAGUAGUAAGACCAUAUUAGUUAUGGCUCGAGAAUGGGGUAAUCCUAUCAUCGAUUAAUGAACAUUCCACCAUUCAUGAAAUUUUUUAUUUCAAAUGUAUACAUUCAUUCUCCGACAUUAUUUUCAAUUAAAAUAUAUAUACUCAAACAGAACGCAGAAGUCACUUAAAAAUGCACUUAUAAGUGACAAAUAAGAUCAUAAUGUCAUAAAUACAUCAUCAUGAUCUUAUUUGUCAUUUAUAAGUACAUUUUUAAGUUGAUGUACAACAUCAUGAUGAUGUUCUAUGACAUCAUUAUGCCUUUGUGGCUAUGUGUACUAGAUACUUAGAUAAUUAGGAAUGUAAAUUUAUGAAAAUGAAAUGCCAGUAUGUCUUAAUAAUUCCUAUAAAUGAAAUGAUCACAGUUCAGUUGUAAUUAUACAUUAAUUUAAUUUGUAUAUAAAAUAUCUAUCGCAGUUACUUAGAAAUGUGUAAGAAUUUUAAUGUAAU